AUGGCUCCAAGGUGUGUUCCGCAGUGUUCCAAAUUCAAGUGGAGAGACCUCGUAGAGCUAUCAGGUGAUCGAUCAGAGUUUUCUCAGUUGUCAGUCGUAGCCCAUAUUGAUGUCAACGCCUUUUUUGCUCAAGUUGAGCAGUUGCGAUUAGGGUUAUCUAAGGAAGAUCCUCUGGUCUGCGUGCAGUGGUCGAGUAUCAUUGCCGUGUCUUAUUCAGCAAGGAAAUAUGGGAUUAAUCGUAUGGAUACUUUGGAGUCUGCUCUCAGCAAAUGUGAAGGGCUGAAAGUGGGCCACACCGCUGUGUUCAAGAAGGGACAAUCCGAUUGGAGCUAUAUUGAUUACCUUCCAAGUCCUAAAGAUCAUAAAGUGUCUUUGGAUCCUUAUCGAAGGGAGUCCAGGAAGAUUAUGAGGAUUUUCAAGCUUCGUUGUUCAAAAGUGGAGAAGGCUAGCGUGGACGAAAGUUUCUUGGACCUGGGUAAUGUUGUAUUUCAAAAGUUGCUAGAAUUGUUUCCUGUUUUAAAGAAUAGUUUGGACAAGUCGUUUGACGAUUAUUUGCCAGAAAUUCCAGAAGAAUUACCAGAGGGUCUUGAUUUUAAAGGCGAAGUUAUUAGAUGUCCAGAAACUGACGACCAAGACGGACUAGUUCUGCAGGAUUGGGACGAUAUUGUCAUGCUUUUAGCAUCCAUGGAAGCACAUGACAUCAGGAAACAGAUAGAAAAAGCGCUAGACUACACUACUUCUUGUGGAAUUGGAAGAGUCAAGACAAUUGCAAAACUAGCUUCCGGUCUUCAUAAACCUGAUAAUCAGACUAUUAUUCGUAAUUGCGCAAUCGAUAAUUUUUUGAACACCCAUUUCAAGUUCACAGACUUUUGGGGUAUCGGUCCAAAGACCAGUGGGAUUAUCAAGCAAAGACUACUUGUACCAGAAGAGGAUUCGAUCGGCUAUAUUAAGGAGAAUUUUACCCAGGAAGAGCUUGAAUUGAAACUAAAAGAUCCCCAGCUGGCUACGAGGUUAUACCAACUAGUGAGAGGGCUCUAUCAAGAAGCAAUAAACACCAGGAUUGACAUCAAGUCGAUGGGCUCAAACAAAAACUUUAGAGGGAAAUCGGUGAACAGCGUUAAAGAUUUGAUCGACUGGUUGCCAGUAUUUGUUGGCGACCUCAUUCAGCGAUUGACUGAAUUGGACGAAGAGCAACCAAAUUGUAUCCGAAGACCAAAGACGGUUGCAGUGCAUCUCUGGUCUUGGAACGGAGCAUAUUCAAAGCAAUGCACCGUCCCUAAAUUUAUGGAUCUAUUCAAGCUUAAGGAAGUCAUAAGUCAUGAAGCCGAACAUCUCAUAAAAACAUUUGCAUCAACCUUUGAUAACUCACCUGUCAGCCUCUUUCCUUUGCGUAGUUUCAGUCUAAAUCUGACCAGCUUUGAGGUUAUCAGCUCUAAGGAGUCCAUUGACAAGUUUGUUUCCUCUUCCAAAAGGAACAGAGAGGAGCACAUUGACUCAUUAUUCAAGAGUCUGGGUGAGAACACCAAGAGCAAGCCAAAAGUUGAAAUUGAGGAACCUAAAAAUGGAAAUAUUACAACUUUUCUAAAAACACGUAGCCAAGUUGAAACUGUCACCAUUGCCGCUUCGUCGGAAGAUCCACAAGCAUGUCCUCAGUGUGGAUCUCAUAUUCCUGAGGAAGAAAUGGUCACCCACAAAGACUGGCACUAUGCCAUGGAACUUCAAAAACAACUGGAAACUGAAACACAGCCUAAUAAUCAGCCCCUCACAGAUGUAAAUUACCCACCUACUAGUCGAAAGAAAGCCAAAUUGGAUAAGAACCAAACUCGUUUACCGUUCUUCAAAUAA